AUGCAGUUCCUCGCCGUCGCCUGCCUCGCCGCCGGUGCCCUCGCCGGCACCAUCGACACGCCCUCGCGCGUCUUCGAGCGCGACCUCGCCACCGUCACCGGCGUCAUCGCCAACGUCGGCACCAAGAUUGAAGCCCUCGACACCGCCGCCAAGGCCUUCAGCGGCGACCAGGCUGGCGUCCUCGGAGCCGCCAAGGAGCUCAUCUCGACGCUCGAGGCCGGCACCAAGACCGUCUCCGGCUCGGCCGAGCUGACCCUCUCCGACGCCGUCGCCCUCCAGGGCCCCGUCACCGCCCUCCAGUCCAAGGCGGAGAAGCUCGAGUCCAACUUCCUCGCCAAGCGCUCCGCCGUCGAGGAGGCCGGCGCCUGCGACGCCGUCCGCAAGGCCCUCUCCGACAUCAGCACCAACUCCGAGGCCCUCAUCAAGGCCGUCGUCGGCAAGGUGCCCACCGACGCCCAGGCCAUUGCCAAGACCCUCGCCGAGGGCCUCACCACCGUCCUCGCCAAGGCCAAGGGGGACUUUUCCGCCGACAACUGCAAGGCCAAGGCCGCUUCGAGCUCCUCGCCCGCCACCAAGUCCGCCACGGCCUCGGCCAAAUCCUCCUCCUCCUCCGCCGCCGCCUCCUCGGCCUCCUCCUCCGUCUCCUCGGCCUCCUCGAGCGCGUCCGCCACCUCCUCGGCCUCCUCGACGACGGUGAGGCCCAGCGGCAGCGGCGGUCGCUCCGUUCCCCAGCCCACCGGUACCAACUCGACCGGCGUGACUGCCGGCGCCGGCGCCUUUAUCGCGCCCGCCGGCCUCUUCGUCGUCGCCGUGGCCGCUAUGAUUGUCUGA